ACCAGGCUAAUACGUAAGUUAUGAUGAAACCAAAACAGAUGUAAAAUUGUUUGAUUUCUCUCACUUGCAUGGUUCGUCUGGACAUGCUUGAUGUGUUGAGUGGAUUUGUAUCUAAAUCAAGUCAAAUUCAAGAUUUGAAUUUUACCGAUCUCGCUGAACUUUCAGAAAAUGAUGUUAAUAAUCUCGAAAAAGAUGAGUUUACUGAGAUUGUCAUGGAUCACCAUAAAUGCUAUAUACCACGUUCAUGCACGAUUUCUCUCCCGCAACAUACAAAAUCCAAGCGAUGUCUGAUGCAACGGUCAUAUGAUACUGAAAAAGCUAGAAGGUGGUACAAGAUAACAGAUGAAAAUAAGAAAUCAACAAUCGAUUUCCCUUUAAAGUUUAUCCCAUUUUUAAACCAAACGAGAAAUGCAAUCGCCUUCUACUAUUCCAUUGAUAAAUUCGAAUCAAAAUAUUUUGUUCUUUAUCUCACAUGGAGAAAAACUAUGGAAAACAUUUUGCAGCAAUUAAACAAAGUUUUCGCUUCAGCCUCAUUUUAUACCAUUAAAGAAUAUGAAAUCGUGCACAGUUCUUUUAGAGCUGCCAUUAAAGCUUUAAGAGUUCCUCAAUAUUUCAACAGCCCUGAUUUAGAUCCAUCGUAUACUGAUAUAAUUUCAAACAACAAAUGGGAAGAUGAUGAUACUUUUAGUCAAUUUGUUUUGACAUGGCAAUGCCCUUGGACACUUCGUAAGGUGACCAAACAUGGCAAUGUUGGACUAAAGUUUUCAAAGUUAGCAAAACAGUUAAAUCCAACUUUUGAUUUCAAUGCUGCUCUAUCAAAUGCAUAUGGACAGAACAUAACCUUGUACGAAGCAGCAGAUCAACAACGUCUGUAUGUUUUGUACAAUGAAGAACAUAAUGAUUUACCGACGUUUGCAGAUCUCCUUGAUAAAAACCCGAAUGAUACUAGAACGCUGAUUAAUGUUACAUCACCUAUCACUUUGUUUAUUAGAAACAGAAGACGUGAAUUAAAAGUGGUUGCUAUUCAAUGGGAUUACUUACCAUCUUCAGAUGUACUCACACCAAGUUCACCAAAAGCGCAAUGGUUAUCUGCAAGAGGAAUGGCUUUACAAGCUCAUUUAGAUGUUUGUCAAUUAAAAACUCAUCUUGGAGACGUACAUUUCGUUUACACAAUAUUCUGUCUUGCCUUCAGACGCCAUUUCAGCACGCUACAUCCGUUAUAUGAUGUUUUAAAAUUUCACUGCGAGGGUACAACACCUCAAAUCUCCAUUGCUUAUCCAGCACUUUUAUUUCCUCAGUCAUAUGGUCAUCAAUACUUUGCAGCUUCACAUAUUGGUGUGGCUAAUCUGUCAACACAAGCGUAUAUAAAAAGAAAAUAUGGAAUGUUUGAUUUUGAUAAGUUAAUGAAGAACCGCGGCCUUGACGACAGCUUAUUGAGUUAUAAUCCCUUUCGCGACGAUGGAAAAGUUAUUUGGACUGAAUUAAAAUCAUUUGCUUCUCAAUUGGUAAAAAUGUAUUAUCGAUGUGACAGGGAUGUAAGAAGGGAUAGAGAGUUGCAAAGUUUUGCAAAUGAGAUUUCUGCUGAUGGUAUUGGCGAAGAUGGUGGCAAUGGAAAAUUCACUGGAUUCCCUGCAACCUUCUGUUCUCGACGUCAACUGACGGAAUUCAUCACAAGAUUCUUGUGGUAUAAUAUCAUCCAUACCUCUGUUAACUAUGCACUGUUGCCCAAUUUCACACCAAUGGUUCCAGUGAAACUGUACAGCGACACAGCUCCAAAUGCUGCAGGAAACUAUGCGCACUUUUUGCCAGAUAGAAGAGUAACAUUGGGAAUAACUCAUUUUGCAAACUUUUUGAGUCAUUUUCGUGCAAAUCGCAUCAUGGAUUAUUACGAUAAAGUAAAGGAUAACAAGCUUCGCUAUCUUGUCAAAAGAACGUACAAUCGAUUUCAUUCGUGUAUUCAACGAACAUUGCAAUGCCGAAACGCAAAACGAAAAGCAGCUGGGUAUUUGGGAUUGCAAUAUUUAGAACCAAAAUGGCUGACCAACAGCGUGCAUGUCUAAAGAAUGCUGUCGAAUGUAUUUCUUGGUCUAAAGUUCAAGUCUUUUGGAUGUACAAUGCAUUAACUAAUUUAUUUCGAUCCUUGGAAUAAUCACACCUAUCUCAAUGAA